GAUUCAGUCAACUUCCUGUUUAUCACUUGUUUUGUGCAACUCAGACCGCUGGACUGUCCUGUUGGACCUGUCGGUCACAUUAACUGCAGCCGCGUUAAUUUCGUGUGAGAACUAUUUAAUCUGGCCCUGUUCGUCGUCAUGGUGAUGUUUCACUGAGCGGGCUUGGAAGGAUCCUGGAGAUUUCCUGAUUUCAAAUUCGGAGAGGAGCCCCGAAGGGAUAGUACGGGUUUUCCACAGGAAUAGAAACCAGACUAAAAACAUCAGCCUCGAUGUGCAAAACUGGCUUCACCGAAACAUUACUAGCUCUGUAGCUGCGUAGCUAACCCCAGGACCACCGGCAGGUUGCCGCCUGCGGCCCGACAGCGGCUCGUGUCUUCCUGGGGUGGAGCUGCUCACCGCUGCCGUGAAUUCAGGACGACCGCCCGGCUCUGGCCCCCUCAAGCGGGCAGUCAGGAAGAAGCUCGCCGGGAAGGGAUGGCCUGGUCGGUCUUCCCGUUCCAAAGGACAGGGCUCUGCAGUCUUUGAAGGAGGACGAGUGCGGCUGGAGGCGACCACCGCGGCUCGAGACGCCAUGAUGGCCGCCUCCCCCUCCGCGGCCGGCGGCUAUACGGUUUCCGGUCUGUCGGUGAGAAAGAGCGAGCAGAUUGCGGAUCUGAUCGAUCUGUUCUCCAAGACACAGUAUCGAGCAAAGGAAGUCAGUCCUCGGGUGGAGGCGAUAGAGAAACGAUGUCUGGAACUGUUUGACAGAGACUACAAGUACAGCAUCAUCUCCAAUUCCAGCGGAGAGGUCUGCGGCCACUACCCCCGCCAGAUCGUUUUCCUGGAGUACGAGUCUACAGAGGUGGACAGAGAUAGAGACAGGUUUGAGAGCACGGUGCAGAUCAGCAAGCUGCAGGACCUGGUGAGCAGAAGUAAAAUGGCUCGCUGCAGAGGGAGGUUCGUCUGCCCCGUCAUCCUUUACAACGGCAAGCACAUUUGCCGCUCAGCCACCCUGGCAGGUUGGGGGGAACUGUACGGGCGGACGGGCUACAACUACAUCUUCUCAGGGGGCAGUGACGACACCUGCACCGAGCCAGAGGAGGUUCCCGAGGACGACCCGGCAGUCAGGAACGGCGAGUCCCAGCUCUUCGACAAAGUUCGAGGUCAUGACAUCAAGCUGCUUCGCUACCUCUCAGUUCGCUACAUCUGUGACCUCAUGGUGGAGAACAAGAAGGUCAAAUUCGGCCUGAAUGUGACGUCGUCUGAGAAGGUGGACAAGGCGCAGCGCUACGCCGACUUCACCCUGCUCUCCGUGCCUUACCCAGGCUGCGAGUUUUUUAAGGACUACAAAGACAGAGACUACACAGCGGAGGGCCUGGUGUUCAACUGGAAUCAGGACUUCGUGGACGCUCCCCUGACCAUCCCCGCGCGCUUCACUCAGAACCUGAACAUCGACUGGACUCGGUACCAGUCGUGGGACCUGGUGGAGCAGACCCAGAACUACCUGAAGCUGCUCCUCCACAUCAUCAACAGCGAUGAUGACAGCGGGCUGCUGGUGCACUGCAUAUCAGGCUGGGACCGAACGCCGCUGUUUGUUUCCCUCCUCAGACUCUCCCUGUGGGCAGACGGUGCCGUGCACGCCAACCUGGAGCCUGCUGAGAUCCUCUACCUGACCAUUGCUUAUGACUGGUUUCUCUUUGGUCACAUGCUGCCAGAUCGACUCUCCAAAGGGGAAGAGAUUUUCUUUUUUUGCUUCAAUUUUUUGAAGCACAUCGUCUCAGAGAAGUUCUCUGCUCUCAGGAAACAGAGGAGGAAAAACUCCCACUUCAAAGAGAGUGACUUCACUGUGGAGGACCUCUGCCAGCUGAGGUCCAGGGACCGCGGCAGCAUCACCAGUCUGAGCAGCGACUUCUCCCUCAUCACCGAAGAGCUGCCUGGAGCCUCCUGUCCCAACGCUGACCCCGUGGACCUGUUCUCCGGCCACCCCCAGGCCUCCAGCGGGAGGAGAGCGCCUGCCUCCUCUCCUCCGAUGGUGUCCUGGUGUAAACAGAACCCUCUGGAUGAGACUCUCUCCCAUCCGGCCAACGAGGCCAAGUCUUCCAGCUCAUCCUCCUCCAACCAAUCAGACCACGGCGUCACACGCUCCGGCAGCAGCCCGUUGGCUGUCCCCACAAGAGGGUUAGCAGCAGAGUACUCCAGAUCAGGCUCCUCCCUGUCCACAGAGUACGGAAGCUGGCAGAUAGUUUCCGGUUGUGGCAGCAUCCACGACCACGGCCACUUUUCUCAGCCGAUGGCCUCGGUUUCCUCCAACUCGUCUGCUGUCACCUCUGCCUACGAUUCCCCACUGCCCUUCAGCUUCCAGGACGAAGGGCCCAGUGGGCGGACGUGCUCGCUGCCGUCGGAGCGCCAGGCCCGUCUGGAGGCGGUUCGGGAGAUCUUCCUGGCCGCCUACAGCUCCACCGUGGGCCUCAGGUCCUCGGCCCCCAGCCCUUCCGGCGCCAUCUCCGGCCUGCUGGAGCAGUUUGCCCGCGGGGUCGGUCUCCGUGGCAGCAACGCCAUCGUUUGAACUCUUCCUCUGUGACUCCAUCCCCCAACCCCUCGUAGCUUCCAUGUUUCACCUCAUCCUGGGGCCAGAUGCAUAAAACAGUUUCGUGAUCAAAAUGGUUGUUUCACACAGAUCAAGAAAACGUGUUCAUGUACUGUUAUCACUCGUAAACCGCAAGUUUCCUGAAAUUGUACACACAUCUAUGAUUCCAUUUUUUCUUUUCAAAUCAGAAUUUGCUCUGCAGGAGCAAACGAGAUGCACAGCAACGCGACACUUCUCAGUGGUUUCUGUUUCCCCCUGCCGUGUGAACAAGCUCAAACUGGAGAAUGACGCACAGCGUUGACCAGAAGUUGAGCUCCACGGUAAACCAGACCAUCAUCUAGAAGAACUGUGUUGUUGAAAGAUGGCAGAAAACAUCUUUUACAACUAAUCCUGGUCCAAAUGAAGCUUCGCUUCUCCAGUCGGAUGUUUGGAACAGUGAUGGAGAAUUAUCAGCUGCUCCAUCACCACGGGCACGCUCAUCCCUUUCCAGUCUGCUGCCGCCUUCACUCCGGCAGUUUGGUAACCAAUAGCAAUGAUCCCCCAUCCAGGAGCAGCCAGAGGUUUUUGCAUGUUUGUGUGAAACACAAAAGGUCUCAAACGGUGUCCACAUCCGAUGGAAACAUUAUGCAUCUGGCCUCAAUGACGUGCCAACCAGCUCUGCUCAGGUAAUACGCCCACAUUGUAUUUCCAUCCUGGAGACGUUCUCUCGUUCAGGGAGAGGAUUAGCUUCCUCCAGGCUGACUGACUAAAAGGGACGAAAUGGAGACGAGCCUUUAAUCCCCCCAAAUCCCCACCCCAGUACUAAGAGUUCUGUCAGAAUGGUUUUACUUUUCUUUCAUGCUGCUAUUGUUUCCAAAGCCAGUCCAGAGGGAAGAACUGUACUUCAGGUGGUUAGUGUAGAGAACAGCACUUAGUCUUCUGCUAGCUAGCUCUUAGAGUUCUGUCUCUCUUAUUUGCUGCAUUAGCUCACUUAUUUUUCAGAUUUGAACACAGCUCUGUUCGGUCUGCGUUGAAAAGAUGAAGGUGCACGGCAUUAAAUGCCACGUCGUCUACAAUGGCAGACCUGGCCGGAAAAAUUACGACUUUAUGGGGAGAAUAUUUCAAUAGCUCAUCCAGAGUUAAAAUAAGAACUUCAGCAGGUAGAGGAAAGCAUGUUGGGAUCAUAUAGAGUUUAGUUCAGCGCACUUAAAUUAAAUCUUCAACAUAAUCUGAAGAGAAGCGUAACAUGACAUGAGACUGUGGCCUCAUCUCAUGUCUCUUUUGAUUCAAUAAGUUUGCAUUUCUUGGCAGAAUCGACCUCAUCCAACAUGUUCUGUGUCCAAUUGAAACACCGUCGUCCAAGUAGAAAUCACUCUGUCAGCCAAUCAGUGAUCCUCUUAGAAAAAUCCUAGACUUUUUUUUUUUCAAUCUCUUGUGCUUGAGGAAAGGCCUUGGGUCAGUUCGCCCUAUUUCUAGUUGUAAGCAGUUAGAGACGGAUGUUUAUCGAAACCAAGUUGCUGACUGACGCUUGAUGGUUCACUGGUUUAGCAUCGUCGUGUUGUGGAUGUGCUUUGUCUGAAGUGUUGAAACCUUGAACUCCAUCAGUGGGUGAAGCCAAACGAGUUCAUGUUUUGGGUUUGCAAGAGGGAUUUCUCACCUGUCCCCCCCACCCCCACCCCCACCCCACCCCUCUGCUCUCUGGGAUGACGCAACAUACACCCCUAUGUGUCCAUUGGCUUCAACAUUGCACGACUGUUCACCAUCUGUACUCACACAUGGCGGGGAAAUUCCAAAAUGUGACAACUGGCCUUCGACCCAGGAAUGCCGUCAUCUGCGUGUAGGAGGGAUCCUCUGAAUCUGUUUAUGGUCAUUGUUUUAACUGGCUGCCUGGCGCUGCAGCAGCUCCCUGUAACUCUGUUACCCUCUUCGAUACGCCGACACAUCUGCCUUUUAGCAGCUAUGUGCAGAUUAAAUCACUGACGUCUGCAUUUGUACCAAAUUAUGUCCAAACUGAACUGUUAAAACUGCCUUGUUUUCCAUUGUGUUUAGCUUUGACAUCUCGUGUGUAAUUUCGCUCACAGGUUCAAUGACCUUCAACUUUUUCGGAUGUCUUUCAUCCUGUACAGCCAGGACGAACUGACCUAUAAACAUCAAGCCAACGCCAGUCUUGUCUUAUACAUGUUCUCUGAUGUUUUUUUUGGUCUGUAGUUGAUUUUGUCAGUAAAAUCAGUUUGAUUAGAUGUGUGAAGGGACUGUUCCCUGGUGGCCUUAUCAAAAUCUUAAUAAAGCGCUUAUCAUGCUGGCCUCUAGUCAGCUGCAUACAUAUCUUCUUGAGUCUAGAUUAUUGUUGAGUGGCAGUCUGGAGAAUUUCAUCUCGAAUUCAAAGGCCUUCUUAAUGUGGGUUGUUUGGGCUCCCAGAAUGUUCUCAACACUGUGCCUUUAAGGUCACGCUCAGCAGACUGUACUUUUUGGACUUUUAAUUAAAGUUUUUAACCCUUCUA